ACAGAAGUGGCGCCGGCAGUAACCGGGGACCGUGGACCAGUUACGGGUCUGCCUGUGCCGUUUGAUAACGCGCUAAAUGUGCACUUUCCGCGCGCGAGACCGUGUGUCCGCAUCCGCAACCCUCCACCGGCUGCGCCAGUCGCACGUUGGCCGAUGACGGACGCGCACGGGGUGAAAGUAAACGUGUGUCUCCGACCGGCGGCACGCUACUACGGGACAUCGCGGAGAGUAUCGGUGCGAGCGUGUCGGUGUCGAUGAAGAGGACGGCGGACACCGCGGCGGUAUAAUGGCAUCCAGGAAGCCGACGAAGUACGACGACUCGUAAAACUGCGAAGAUGGAAUUGCGCAAGGGCUCCUGGAAGAUCGUGAUCCUCGUAUGCGCGUUGAUCAUCUAUCUAUGGAUGCUUUUCGUCGAUCACUCGCACAUGCUGGCCGACAUAUCGCAGAGGAUCACGCUGCAAAGAACGCGGAUUCCCGCGAGAACUGCCUUGUAUCAAGGUGCCGAUCGAUCGAGGAUCGAGGAGGCACCUUCGAACGUCCGGAUGGAUCCAAAAAAGUCGCAGUCCCUCUCAUCCCGUAACGGUACGCUCGCGGGGGGUGCAUCGGGAUAUGAGACGUUCAAGCAACAGGGUCCGAUACCAAGCCGGCAAUUGCCGACCGCUCUGAUAAUCGGCGUGAAGAAGGGCGGGACGAGGGCACUUUUAGAGUUCCUGAGGUUGCACCCCGCGAUCCGCGCCGCCGGCUCCGAGGUUCAUUUCUUCGAUCAUCAUUAUGUGAAGGGAUUUCGCUGGUACAGGCGUAGGAUGCCGCCGACUCUGGUCGGUCAGAUCACCAUGGAGAAGACGCCGUCGUACUUCGUGACGAGUGAGGUGCCGAAGAGGGUGAAGCAUAUGAACCCGGGGAUGAAGCUGAUCGUCGUGGUAAGGGACCCCGUAACCCGGGCGAUCUCAGAUUACACACAGGUGAAGAGCAAGCGUCGCAAGAUGCCACGCUUCGAGGAUCUGGCCUUCUUGAACGGAUCGAGGAUCGUGGACACCUCUUGGAUGCCGCUGAAAAUCGGGGUCUAUGUGCGGCAUCUCGAGCGGUGGUUACAGUACUUUCCGCUAUCGCAGUUCUUAUUCGUUUCUGGCGAACGUCUGAUCGCCGACCCGGUGAUGGAAAUCACCCGAGUGCAGGACUUCCUGGGCCUGAAACGGGUGAUAUGCGAGAAGCAUUUCUACUUCAACGCCACCAAGGGCUUCCCCUGCUUGCUCAAGUCGGAGGAUCGUGCUACUCCGCACUGUCUCGGAAAAAACAAAGGUCGCAGUCAUCCCUACAUCGAUCCCAUGGCGAUUCAGCGUCUUCGAGAUUUUUAUCGGCCGUUCAAUCAGCGAUUUUAUCAAUUGGCGGGUAUGGAUUUCGGCUGGUAUUAAAAUCCACGCGUGUAUCGCAAACAUUCAUACAUAUCGUAAGCAGGAAAACGGAGUCAAUUCUCGUCGCGUACUUAUUAGUCAAGUACUUAUUAGUACUUAUCAAGUACGAUAUCUAUUGCGCCUGAAUAUCUGUAAUCCGAUAGGAGCAUAUACAUUACCGUCAUAUCAGAAUACGCGCCAUUAGUUAAUUUAUAUAUAGCGUUUGAGCGAAACUUUUCCGAAAUCUUGCUUCCGAUGAUGUAGUCUUCAGUUUCAUUAGGUUUCAAUCUUUUCCAAUUAAAUUGCGAGAGAAUACUCGUAUUUUUCUAAUUUUUUCAUAUUACGUAAUGUUACAUAAUUUGUAAGAGCUAUUAAUAUAACGAGAAAUUUUCCUGUAAUCUUGCUUCCAAUUAUGCUUCCAAUUAGUCUUCAAUAUUAGCAUAUUUUAAUUCUUUCAAAUUAAACUACAAAAAGUAUGUUUUUUAACUUUAACAAACAUUAUGUUUUUUAACUUUUUUAAUUUAUAUAAAUGUAAUUAAUAUUAAAUAAUUAAUCUUCAUAUAUAUAACACGAAAAUUUUUUCAAAUCUUGUUUUCGACGUUGUAAUCUUCAAUUUUAUUAGGUUUUUCAUCUUUCAUAUUAAAUUGCAAGAAAACAUAUCUUUUUCAACAAAUCCUUUUGUUACAUUGAUUUAACAUAGCCUUAAAUAAUUUAUAAAAACUUCGUAUAUAAUAGAAAUCAUUGUGUUCUGUUUGUUAUUUGUAAUAUAGUUAGAAAAUCUAGAUUUAUAGUUUAGUUAGUAAAUAUUAGAUGCCAUCGUAAAGUUAACAGAAAGAAACAAUAUCUCUUAAAAUAAGCGUACAGUUGCCGUCCGGAAGUCUUUACGAAAAGAAACCGCGACAUAUCUAUAAUUAUCCUAUAAUUAUAUCAUGACAAAGCUACAAUAAUGAAAUUAUAUCAUAUUGAACAUAAUUCUAUAUAUACACAAUGAAAAAAA